UUGGAAUCAUCUAUGGCGGACUAAUUCCCAUGAUUCGCAUACAACAAAACCAUCAUCUUUCUGUUACAUUUACUUGAGUUAUGGAUUAUAAUGUUAUAGCCAACCAACCUGUGGUUAUUGACAAUGGUUCUGGUGUUAUUAAAGCGGGAUUUGCUGGUGACCAAGUUCCCAAAUGUCAUUUCGCAAAUUAUGUUGGAAGGCCAAAACAUGUUAGAGUCAUGGCUGGAGCACUUGAAGGGGAUAUAUUUAUUGGGCCAACUGCACAGGAACACAGGGGUCUUUUGAAUAUUCGAUAUCCAAUGGAGCAUGGCAUUGUAACUGACUGGAAUGACAUGGAAAGAAUAUGGCAGUACAUUUAUUCGAAGGAUCAACUUCAGACACGUUCAGAGGAACAUCCAGUGCUAUUAACAGAAGCUCCGAUAAAUCCUAGACGUAAUCGAGAGAAAGCAGCAGAAAUAUUUUUUGAAACCUUCAAUGUUCCAGCAUUGUUUGUUUCCCUUCAAGCUGUACUAAGUUUAUAUUCUACUGGGCGUACAACAGGUGUUGUCUUGGAUGUGGGUGAUGGUGUUUCCCAUGCCGUACCUAUAUAUGAAGGUUUUGCUAUGCCUCACUCGAUCAUGAGAACAGAUGUUGCCGGCAGGGACAUCACUCGUUAUUUGCGUCUUUUGCUCAGAAGAGAAGGCUUCAGAUUUCAUACAUCAUCAGAACUGGAGAUUGUCAAGCAAAUCAAGGAACAAAUUUGUUAUUUGGUGCAAAAUCCAUUGAAAGAGGAGCCCAUGGACUCGGAUAAAGCUAAAUUCAUUUUGCCUGAUGGCAGUACACUUGAUCCUGGUUCAUCGAGAUACAGAGCUCCAGAACUUCUUUUUCGGCCAGAUCUGAUAGGAGAUGAAUCUGAAGGAAUUCAUGAGGUUCUGGCAUUCACCAUACAAAAGUCAGACAUGGACCUUCGGAAGACCUUAUAUGGCAACAUAGUAUUGUCUGGUGGCUCCACUUUAUUCAAAGUUGAGUACAAAAGUUGCAAUUUGUGGUAUAUGAUGAACUUUUUGCUUCGUGACGAGAUUAUGAUGGUUUUUUCUUCUUCAGGUUUUGGCGAUCGGUUGCUCAGCGAGGUCAAAAAAUUAGCCCCAAAAGAUAUUAAAAUUAGGAUAUCGGCUCCUCAAGAAAGACUGUAUUCCACGUGGAUUGGCGGCUCUAUCUUGGCAUCUUUGGAUACUUUUAAGAAAAUGUGGGUUUCUAAAAAGGAAUGGGAAGAAGAGAACACCCGUGUGCUUCACCGAAAGACUUUUUAGAUUAUAUGAAUAUCAAAAAUGUCUUCAAAUCAAGCAAUGUCAUAGGCAGACCAAUGACUGUGCAAUGCACAAAAAUAUUUCCAAACUACACAAUUUUUGUACUAAAGUAGCCGCUGAGAGUAUGCUACGAUAGUUGGGAUGUACAAUGCGAAAAUAUUCUCUAGAUAUCUUUGCAACUAAACUAAAAUUGGGAGUGAAAUGAAAUCUGUGACAAAUUUACCACGCACUUGGAAGAUUCAGCUGACUUACCAAACAAGUUACCAGACAAGAAAAAUGUGAAAAGGUUGAAAGGUUUUUGAAAAAAAUGACUAGUGCUUUCCGUACCACAAAAUGAGGAGCUUGUGCAAUUCUGAGUUUUCACAUCGAGAUUUUAAAUUUGUAACUUUAAACGUGAUAUGGGUUUAACGUUAUCCUUAUGACAAAUUUUCGUCUUUUGUUUUACAAACUUGUUUGCUUCGUUGAAAUAUUGUUACUACGAGGUAGCUAAAAUUGUCAUAGAUUUCAUUUCUGGUAGUCAGGUUUAUUUUAAUGUUUGUGCAUUACAUAGACGUUGGCAAAUGGCAAUAUGCUAUGAUUCAGCUUUCAUCACUUAUUUAUUUGAGCAAAGUGCCGACCAAAGUUUGUUGUCGUAUUUUAUGAAAGCAGAUUUUGUGUUGAACUUAACCAUGACGAUUCUUUAAAGCAACUUGAUAAGCAAAAUGUAAUAUUGUGACUUAUAAAGUGAUUGGUUUUAACUCGGGAGUAUCGUUACAUGUUUGUGGAUGUAGAUCGUCCAGGUUGGUAUAGUCCUGAAAAGGACUUCUGGUGAUGUUGACGGACGUUUUGACAACCUUAGCAAUAGUCAUCUUCACUCGAAAGACGGCAUCCGUUUUGUCGAAACGUCAGUCAAUAUUAACACCAACAGUUCUUUUCAGCACUCUACCGACCUGGACGAUCUACAUCGAUAAACAUGUGACUUAUCCAAAACACUUGGUUUGUAUUGAGAAUCUUGGUGCUACCUGAUCCGACAUUUUGUCUCAAUGGAGAGAAGUCUUUUUAGGUGAGAUCAUUUCUUGUCAAAAAUAUGUGAUGUAAAUAAUGGUACUCAGUAAAAGUGUAUUUUAGAAUGCUUCUUGAA